AUGAUCUCAAGGCCGACAACGCCUAUCCUCAAUCAGUCCGGCUCCGGCAGCCUGGCUACGCCGAGGAGCAGCACAGAACAACUCCGCUCAUCGCGCCAGAGUAUCACCAUUGAAGAGCCAGAACGACCGCGAACAGCAGCGAGCCAUUCUUCCCUCCACUCAGGUACGGGAACGGGUAGGUCUUCCCCCGCACGAUCCGGUGUCGUCGGCGAUGGAAUGUACGGCGGCCGCAGAGGAGGCCCCUCCUUGAACAAGAGCCGAACCAGCAGUUCUGGUGGUUUGAGCGACAUCAAAGCCGGCUACGAGCGAAGGGUGGGCUUCGAUACCAUGCCAGACGCUGACGAGACCAACUCGGGCGCAUUCAGCUUCACACUCCAGGUCAAGUCACGAGGCUUUCUGCGGACCAAGAACACGCGAACCUUCAUGGUUGCCGUUGACGACAAUCCCUAUUCGGAGCGCGCGCUUGAGUGGCUCAUGGAGAACCUCGUCGAAGAUGGCGAUGAAGUUGUAGCGGUACGCAUUCUUGAUGAGGAAGCAGAUCAGAUAGAUCAGGAGGAUGCAAGAGAGGAAGCGCGCGAACUGAUGGCAUCCAUUGUCGAGCUCAAUGAGGAAGCCGAGGAUCGCAAGGUCUCGAUCGUCGUCGAGUUUGUCGCCGGCAAAGUCGUAUUCACCAUCCUCAACAUCAUUCACGUCUACCGGCCAGAUAGCUUGACAGUCGGUACACGCGGCAAGUCUGCCAACAAGUUCCAGAAGAUGCUCGGUCAGCACAUCAUGGGUCACGUCAGUCGCGACAUUCUCACUUCAUCUCCGGUUCCAGUGGUGGUGGUGAGACCGGAAGCUAAAGUGCAAAAGCACCUCAAGAAGCGUCUCAACGACCCAAAGCGUAGAGGCUAUCACAACUUGGUCAAAGGUGUAGAAGGGUUGCCGAUGAGCAUCACUAAGAACAAACGUCGGUCUUUGCAAGUUCCUUCGUGA